AUUGCAUCAAAUAUCCAACUCCAACAUUUCGUAUAUCCCUCGACUUUUGGUGUUCUCUGAUCAUCCAGUUUCUUGAUCAGUAAAUGAUAUCCAACAAUUGCUUUUCUCUUUCAGUAAUGAUUGUGGGGUGGAUUCUAUUUCAUGUCAAGAUCAUCCAAUAAAGUUUGAUUCUUGACGAAGUGCCUUCAAUUUCCACUUAUGCAGUUCUGAAUUCUCAAAACUUUGAUUGAACUUAUGUCUUUAAUGAUGUUUCCCAAUCGAUGUUCGUUUCUGUAAUUUGAAGUUUCCCCUUUGCUUGUGCUACUGUAUUUGUGCCCUUUUUGCAGUCGAAGUUUGUGUGAUGGGGGGGAGUGCAGUUGAUGAUGAUUGGGAGUUUACUUCACCUUCGAGGGAGGUUAGAACUGUUGUUUUAGUUGGACGAACGGGCAAUGGGAAGAGUGCCACAGGCAAUAGUAUACUUAGAAAACGGGCGUUCAAGUCAAUGUCCAGCUCUGCUGGAGUUACAAGCACUUGUGAGCUACAGAGGACUGUCCUCGAAGAUGGCCAGAGUCUUAACGUGAUUGACACUCCAGGACUGUUUGAUUUUUCUGCUGAACCUGAGUUUAUCGGCAAGGAGAUUGUUAAAUGCAUCAAUAUGGCGAAGGAUGGUAUUCAUGCUCUCCUUGUCGUCCUGUCUGUUAGGUCUCGCUUUUCAAGAGAAGAAGCUGCUGCUGUUGAGAGCUUGAGGAAAUUCUUUGGCAGCAAGAUUAGUGAUUACAUGGUUGUAGUUUUCACUGGUGGUGAUGACCUUGAAGAAAAUGAGGAGAGUCUCGAUGACUACUUGGGUCGUGAUUGCCCUGAGCCUUUGAGGGAAAUUCUCAAAAUGUGCGGGAAUAGGUGUGUUCUCUUUGAUAACAAGACAAAAGAGGCAGCCAAGAAAGAUGAUCAACUAAAGCAACUUCUGUCGCUCGUAGAUAAGGUUAUCGAAAGAAAUGGUGGGAGACCUUACACAGAUGAUGUAUUUCUUGAACUGAAGAAAGGAGCAAACAAGCUACGCGAUCAAACUGCUAUAGUCAAUUCUGUAGAGGGAUAUACCAAACAACAGAUUUCUGAAUUGACGGAGCAGUUCCACGAGGCCUACGAGGAGCAACUGAAGCGAAUAACUGAGAUGGUUGAGUCCAAGCUCAAGGAGACCACACAUAGGCUUGAACAACAACUGGCGGAGGAGCAAAAUGCUCGGCUGAAGGCAGAAGAAAUUGCGCAAGAAGCUCAGAUGAAAUCGAGUCAUGAGAUACGCAAGCUGAGAGAGCACUUAGAGAGAGCUCAGAAGGAGACCGAGGAGCUGCGAAAGCAAGCUCAGAGCAGCGGAUGCGCCAUUUUGUGAUCACCGCACACUAAUAGGUGAAAUGUGUAAUCUUUUCACUUACCUACCUUCUUAUAAACCUUAAGUUAUCAGUAGCUCUCGUUUUCACACUCUUUUGUGUGGAAAGGUACUUGAAUUGGUGUUUUCUUGAAUUCAAUAUCUAUUCUAUACUUUUAUGUUCACAUAUAA